GAAAAAAAAAAUACCCCACGGCUUUAUUCAUCAUCUUCUUCACAGAAACCCUAGUACUUUCAAGAUCACCACCAUGGACAGACUGGUGAAACCUGAUGUAAAAGAAGUAGAAAUAAUCUUCAAGAGAGGCCAAAAGUGCAACACCACCUUCAGAUUAACCAAUCUUAUGCACACCAUGUCUGUAGCUGUGUCUCUAACCACCACAAACCCAUCUCUUUUCUCUUUCCCUCAACCCUUCUCCAUACUUCCACCGCUGUCAUCUUCACCCUUCACUCUCCUCCUCUCUCAGCCCUCUGAUCACCCACCGCUGUCCUCCCCGAACGACACCCUUUUGGUCCGGACAGCCAUGCUCCCGACCGGCAAGGCCCAUCAGGAUGAUCUCCGCCGUCUGUUCUCCAAGCCUGGACCCCACGUCUUCAAGGACGCGGCCAUACCCAUCUUCCUUGUGGGCCCGCAUGUAGUUGAUUUCCUCCUCCUCCCUCAUCCCAAAACCCUAGAAAUCGCUUUUCUUCUUUCCAAGGCUAUUUCUGGGUGUAACGGGUCUCAGCUGACAUCGUUGCUGAGAUCUGCUGUGGUCGCUGGAAAUGCAGAUCUUGUUGAGGCACUGAUCGAUGCCGGUGGAGAUGUGAAUUCUAAAGAUUCAGAUGGACGGUCCAUGAUGGGCUUAGCAAUUCGGGGUGGGAACAUCGAUGUUAUUAGGCUUUUGAUAAUUUCGGAUUGCAGAAUUGAUAAUCCGGUUGAUUUGGUAUUGCACGAAGCGGCGGCAAUAAACAGGGUUGAUCUGAUGGAGGUUUUGUGUAAAGGGUACGCAGAAAUUGGCGUGAAUUCUGCUGAUUCCGAUGGCCGGAGUCCACUCCAUGUCGCAGCUGCUCAUGGGCAUGUGGAGGUUCUCCGGUUCUGCUUGUCUGCCGGAGGGACUUCCGAUGCUGUGGACUGUAAUGGGUGGACUCCGCUUCACUGUGCUGCGGCGGAGGGCCAUGGCGAGGCUGCUGAGUUCUUGCUGGAAAGCUCAUGGUAUAUGAAGUAUGUAGUAAACAAAGAAGGCAAGACAGCUUUUGAUCUAGCCAUAGAAAAAGGGCAUGGAAAUGGGCAUUUGCUUGAUUUGCUACGGUUGGGUGAUGUGUUGCAGAGAGCAGCAAGGGUGGAUGAUGUUCAUGGGAUGAAGAGUUGCCUUGCAGAAGGGGCUACUGUAAAUGGGCGUGAUCAGAAUGGAUGGACUCCAUUACAUAGAGCUGCUUUCAAGGGUAGGCUUGAGAGUGUGAAGCUCUUGCUCAGUCAUGGAGCCCAGGUUGAUCUUGUUGAUGAUGCUGGCUACACCCCACUACAUUGUGCAGUUGAAACAGGGCAUGUCCAGGUUGCUCUGUGUCUGAUAGCUCAUGGGGCUAGAGCAACUGUGAAGAGUCUCAAAGGUGUGGCUUCUUUCAACUUUGAUUGUUUCAAGAACCAUCCUUCACUUGUUCUUCCUGUGCAUAGAGAGAAGGAACAAGCUUGAAUGGAAAAAAGAGGAUUCUGUUUGUUGGAUUUCUGUGUUGUAUUCUGCAAUCUGUAAAUAUUUUUGUGAUUCUGCAAGGUUGGGACUUGGGAGAGGGAGAGAAUGGCUUGUGAUCCGCUCUCAGUCAUAUUGUACAACUGAUUCUGAGAAGAUGGAGUGAUCCUUCGAGUUAGACUCUCAUGUAACACGGGGAUUAAGAUUUAUCAAUCCAUAAAAUCCCUUGAGAUUUUGUUUUGAUGUUAGUUGUUUGAAGUUUCUUACUUUGUUUGAAUUCUGUUCACUGUUC